CAAACACAUUGUUCAAAGUGCGGAGCUUUCGAGGAAGAUAGGAUAACUGAACGCACUUUGUAUUUCUACCCCACCGAAACAGAAAAGAAGGAGAGCCGCAAAGUGAGGAUUACCCGGAGGCAGACGAUAAUAUGGAAGCAUUGAUCUGAUCAGUCCUCUAAAUCACCUACAGUCUUUUUUACCUGGAUUUUAACCAUGGGACCACUAUAUGAGGCAGGAUGGCAGAAGAGAAGCCGAACCAAAAGUUGUGGGGAAUACCAGCACUCCAAUAAGUCUUUUUCUCAGCGCAGACAGUCGGCCCCCUCUGUUAUUCUCAGCAGAGCCCUUACAAAGUCAAAACCUGUUGCCAGGGAUUGUGCAUCUCAGGUUAGUCAGGACAUAUUUGCCCUGAUCCAGUCUCUGCUCAGUCCAACCAGAAAGCUCGUUUGCCAAGGCAAUGCAGUGCUGCAGACAGGACUUCAGACCCAGGAGCGAUUCCUCAUUCUCUUCAAUGAUCUUCUCAUCAUCACCAAGGCCAAGUCAGUAAUGCAGGUGAAGCAGAAGAAGUGUGUGUGUGUGAGUGAGAUGUGGACGGCCAGCUGCGUGGAUGAGGUGUGUGAGGCCAAUACUGUUUCAGAGAGGAGCUUCGUCAUGGGCUGGCCAACUUACAACUGUGUGGCUACUUUUAGCACUUCAGAAGAGAAGGACCGGUGGCUGUCUCUCAUUGAAAGAUGUAUAAAAGAAGAAAAAGAGAAUGACGAUCCGAAGAUGAUUCCUCUGAAGAUAUUUGCAAAGGAUGUUGGGAACUGUGCCUAUGCAAAGACUCUUAUUAUCAGCAACACGGACUGCACCUCUGAUGUUAUUAGCACAGCACUGCAACAGUUUGGCCUUUCGGGUGGAAUAAAAGAUUACAAGUUGUGGGUAUGUUCGAAACAAGACGAAACUCCGUACCCCUUAAUUGGUCACGAGUUUCCUUAUAGCAUUAAGAUGAGCCACAUUCGCCUGCUGCAGCAAGAGGCAGCGACAUCAACCCACAGCCAAAUGGCGCUUUUGCCAAUUGACGCUCACUGUCAGUUCUUCCUGAGGCCCAGUCAAAUAAACAGCACUUUUACAGCAGAACAGAAAAGCAGGAGGAAGAGGAUGUCUCUUAUUAGCUGGGCGUUUAAACGAAGCUUCAGCAUUGAACAGACUGUCCAGUCAGAGUCUUCUGGCCAAACCGUUUCAGCAGCUUCUGGUCAUCUGUUUGGUCGACCACUCAGCGAUGUGAUAAAAGACAGCACCCUGCCAUCACCCAUUGUGGACAUGCUGAAGUGUUUGUGCCGCGAGGGGGCCGCGACGCGUGGAAUACUACGGCGCUCUGCUGGAGUCAAGGCCUGCCGGGAGUUAAGGGAAAAGCUGGAUUCUGGCCACUAUGAAGAGCCGCUGAGUGGAGAGCCUGUACUUGUUACUGCUUCAGUGUUCAAGGAAUUCUUACGCAAUAUCCCGGGCAGUCUGCUGUGUGAGGAGCUCUAUGAGCAAUGGCUCCAAGCAGUGGAGCAGGACGGUGAAAGAAAUGGACAAACGAUGGAGAGAAACCUGCUGCAGGAAGUUCAGAGGCUUGUUGAGCGUUUACCUAAAGAAAAUCUCCUGCUGCUGAGACACAUGAUAGCGAUGCUGCACCACAUCCAGCUCAAUGCUGAGCACAACCAGAUGACCUCGUUUAACCUGGCUGUGUGUAUAGCACCUAGCUGUCUGUGGAAUCACACACUACCGUUUAAUGAAAAAGAUGCCAAAAAGGUGUGUGACCUUGUGCGUGUCUUGAUUGACAACUGCUGUGCGUUGUUUGGGGAUGAAAUUAUAACCCUCUUAAAGGAUUUGACUGAAGACAAUAGAAGCAACCGCGGAUCAGUUGGGUCACUGCAGCAGAUGUCAGAUUCGGGUUAUGAGAGUCUAAAGAAUGAGGUGAAUACUGAUACAGAGGACAUUUCUAAGACCCGUCCUCUUAAAGACAGUCGUAGUAUGGACUCUCUCAUGUCACUGAGCGAUUGUGACCUCGACUGUCCAGAAAACGACUUGCUGUCUUCCAGCCCGCUGGCACAAAUCAGAAACUGUACAUCCACAGAGAGUCCACUCCGAUCCCUUAAAUUGCACAGACACUCCAUCUCAACCAUUGCUUUGACUUCUCAUGAGCAGGAACUUAUCGUAGAAAAUGGAAAAUAUGAAGAGUUUAAGAAACCUGAUGAGGUCAAUGAUAACGUGUUUUUGGAACAGAGCUUUGAACAAUUGGAUUUUAUGAGAGAAAAACAAACUCCACCAACCUCUAACGUAUCAUCGCCAUUAACUUCACCAACAAACUCACCCGUGAGUCCAUUUUCUCUGCCCACCCGAAAGACCCUUCAUUCUCCUCAGGAUUCUCCAGCCAAGGUUGAUUUACUCACUCAAAAUGGCACAGAUUACCAACAAUCAAACAGCUCGCCCAGUGAGAAGUUAUCUUCACCAAAUAAUCAGAGGAACGUAGCUGAUAUUGAAGGGGGUUUGCCGCCUAAAGUGCCCAAAAAUCCUCCUUAUCAGCAGGCCUUACAAAAGCGCAACAGAAAACCAAUCUCACUGACUCCCACUCAAACGCCUUUACAUAAGGGAAAAGGCCUUUUCUUCAAGGGGCCCCGGAGCCCCACGCACAGUCCUUUAGGAGACCCCAAGGUUUCCCCUGACCCUCAGACCAUCAGGUUCACCUGUCAAUCCAGGACCAAAGAAGAGGUCCAGCUGCCACACAGCGUGUUUUAUGGACAGAGCUGCAAGUUAACGGUGCACAAAAUCAGGGGACAGAAUGCAGUUUUGAAGUCUACCAAACUUUCUGGGCAGCAUUUGAAGUUCAAAGCACUUGAUUUGCACCCCUGCUCUGGAAAAAUAGCGAGAGACUACUUUAUGGAUGCUACCUUUGGAGAGAAGCAAGCUGUUGGGAAAGGCCAAAAGCUCAGCUGUUGCAGUAGCAGCCAGUGGAUUGUGUAAAGCCAUUUCAAAAACAGCACACUGGUAGACCAUUAAUGAUAAUCAUGUUCAGGUUCUUAUAAUUAACAAUUACAUUCUCCAGAUUACAGUAUUAUUACAUUUUUAGGAAAAGCUAUUAAUACUUGCAGUUUAAGCUUUAUGAUGCAUUUUUUUUGUAAAUAUUUACAAGCAUUAGCAUAUUAUGCAUGACAUUUUAUUGUACCUACGUUAACUUUUCUCACUUUUUUUCUCCUUAUGCAUAUCAAACUGAAGCAUUUAAAACAUUCACAAACAGCACACACUUAAUACCUACACUACAAAUGUACUUUGUCAUGGUUACAUACAGUAAGGAUAUUAGGGCUGUCACGAUUCCUUGAGUACUCAAAAAUCAAUACCUUUUGCCCUUGUUGAUUAACCAGCAACAUACCAGACGACUUCAACAUUUUAAGUUUAAACCCUUCCUUUGAGUUUGCAUGUUUUGAUGUCCAUAUACGCAUUCAAGAAAUUACCGUGGCUUAAGCAUUUUUUAAGCGGGCAUUUUCUUUAAAUGUUUGUUCAAUAUUUAAACAAAGAUCAGGCAGUUGAUAUAAUCUGAUAUAGCCUAAUACAUCAUGUACAUGGAUGAUUACCUGUUUUAUAUAUUUCAUUUGAACCAAUUAUUAUUGCCUCAUUUUUAUUAUGCGUGUUUUAAAGAAUUUUAAAGUGUAUUCUUUGCUUGGAUCCAUUUUUGUUAUCCAAUCUGAUUAUCAUCAGAAAAAAAUUCUGAUUACUCGAUUACCAAAAUAAUUGUUAAUGACAGCCCUAAGGGAUAUAAGUUACCCACUGUUAUUUUGAUUCUGUAAGACGGAUGAUUUGUGAGUAUUGUUAUGCCUUUUUGUAAACAUAGCCAAACCUUUUUGUAAAUGUAUACAAAACUGUUUGAUGGGCAAAAAUUGAUUUAUAAUUACAAUAUUUUACAGCACUUUAAACAAACAAUGCUAUUCAAUACAGCGCUACACCAUUUAAUUUGAAUUGAUCAUGUUUUGUACCAGAAAUCUUAUUAAAACUAGUAAUCCC